AUGGGCUUCGUCGCGCGCGGACGCUUCAAGCAGAAACGAUGCAGAUGUGACCAAUGGGCGCCUGGGCAAUCGCACGUGCAGGAGAUGAACGAGGCUCGGCGGGGCGCGCUCGCAGCAGCGGAGAAGAUGGGCGAGAUUACCCGGCGCAUGGAAGAGGCGGCAGCCCGAGACAAGUCAAAAUCGAACUCGAAAACGAAGCUUCCGGAUAGGCUUACUUCGACCUUGGAUGCAGCUUCCGAAUCAGACCGGACGCAAGGAGAUAAUAAACGUUUACACGUGGAGUGGGGCAAGGCAAUCCAGAUAUUGAGUCGUUACAGGCUCAACCAGCAGCGCGUGGAUGACAUCGCGAAGGUCGUCGGUGAAUUUCGUGGUCCACAGCGUCUGGUCGCCAUCGCGGGGAGGAUCAAGAAGGCGCACAUCGCGGAGGCGAGAAACAAGAGCGGGAUUCUCGAGCAUGACAAGAAAUCUAUAGCAGAAGUUUUCGCCCAGUUCUACGAAGAUUUGUAUUCCACGACCAGAGAAGGAAACGGAACAGCCCCCCACGCGAUGAACGGCGGAGACCCGGUGCCCGAUUUCACGGAGGCCGAGCUGAGCGACGCAAUCCAGGAGAUGCAGAACGGCAGAUCCGGAGACGACAAGGGGAUCACAGCUGAGAUGGUCAAGGUGGAUUGCCCCCUGCUGCGCAAGCAUACCCUGGACCCCGUCAACGCGAUACUGGAUCCGAGCCAACGUCUGCCUCCUGACUGGAUAGAGAGCCGCAUCGCAGUGCUUUCCAAAAUUGGAGAUGCGUCGUUGCCAUCAAACUACAGACCAGUCGCCAUGUUAGCCAUAUUGUACAAACUCUUCAGCAAGCUCUCGUGUGGCGCUAUUUCCGAAUGUGAAUUUGUCGACCAGGCGGCCUGCCGCAAGGGGCUCUGCACCAUAGAUCACCUGUUGACUGUCGCUCUACUUGCAGAGGCUAGCGGCGCUUGCAAUACGGAGCUUUGGAUGGGUUUGGUGGACUUUGAAGAGGCUUUCGACGCCGUCGAGAACGAUUAUUUGUGGACGGACGCGAUGUUCGCGCGUGACAACAUCCAGGACCUGCGGGGCAAGCCCCGGGACGCGGCGAGGGAACGACUGCGCGCCGCCUGCGGCGUGCAUCUGGCGAGGGCGCAGGCGGCCGUCAGGCGUUGUCGGGAAGACCUGCGAACCGUCACGUUCCAGGACAUCAAGAAGGAGUUCGCCCCGCGGCGGCUCUGGGGCGACUUCCGGACGCGCCUGCCGCUCAAGACGCAGCUCGUCUGUGGCGUCGUCGGCUACAGCGUGCUCGGGACGACGGCCCUGUACACAUACCUUCGCCGCAGCCAGGCCGAGCAGCGGGCGCGCAUGGCCGCGGUCUACCAGAGCUUUCAGUGA